CGUCACCUAGCAACGUCUCCAUGGCAACGACGCGUCGCCCACGCAUAGGCCGCGACUCCGGGCGGAGUGAGAGAGCACACGGCAACUUGAGGACAUUACGCAGUUUUUUUUAAAUUUAAUUUUAUUGGUAAGGAGAACAAGAACGAGAACGGACGAAAGAAUGAUUCCUCCGGCAGACUCACUCGUCAAAUACGACAACCCGCUGCUGGUGUCGAGAAACACCGAGAAAAAGACGCCGAGGGCUCAUCCGAAUAAAGUCAAUCCACAGCAACCAAUAAAUACCGGACCCGUUCCAAGCCCACCCAAGGGAAAAUCUCCUGCUGCGGACUCAAGCAGAGACCAGACUGAUGAAAUAUUGAAUGCAAUCCUUCCUCCAAGGGAGAUCACGGAGGAUGGACAGCUGUGGGUACAGCAGGUGUCAAGCACGCCAGCCACCCGCCUCGACGUGGUAAAACUUCAGGAGCAGCUGGAUGUCCGCUUGCAGCAGCGACAAGCACGCGAGACCGGCAUUUGCCCUGUCCGCCGAGAGCUCUACUCGCAGUGUUUCGAUGAGCUGAUCCGGCAAGUGACCAUUAACUGUGCAGAGAGGGGGCUACUGCUAUUACGGGUGCGGGACGAGAUUCGUAUGACCAUCGCUGCCUUCCAGACACUGUACGAGAGCAGCGUGGCAUUUGGCAUGCGCAAAGCAUUGCAGGCUGAGCAGGGCAAAGCCGACAUGGAAAAGAAGAUCGCCGAGCUAGAGGAGGAAAAGCGCGAACUGGAACGCGCCGUGAAUGAGCAGAAGGCCAAGUGUGAGGCAAUCGAGAAGCGCGAGGCUGAGCGACGGCAGGUGGACGAGAAGAAGCAUGCGGAGGAAAUUCAGUUCCUCAAGCGCACGAACCAGCAGCUCAAGACGCAGCUUGAAGGAAUUGUCACACCCAAAAAGUGAAGUGAGGAAACGUCCUUCUUUCUUAGUAUUACAGUUUUUCUUACGGGAAACACAAUAUCUACACAUGCAAUCAUUCCAAAUGAAUUAUUCCUAAUACUUUGUAACAGAUUUCUUUGAUCAAAUAAAAAUAUCAACCAUCUUUCAAUUGUGUGACAGUACAUUUUCAUUUAAAAAAAACUCAUUAUGCUAAAGAGUAGUCGCAACAUACACAAAUUGUCCAUUGUGGGCUGUAUUUAUAGCAAAAUUCUAGAAACAAUAUAUUAUACUGAAUCUUUCUGAGGCAUAUUCCCACAGCUGUUUAGAAUUGGAUGGGUUCACAUUUGUCUGAGCCAAGUCAUGCAUUCUUUACUUUGUAGCAACACAUCUUCUUUAAGUUAUGAGUUGGAGACACGCUUCUUCCAUUUAAGUCAUAUUUUACAUGCCACACAGGCUGCUUAAAUGCAUCAUCAUCAAUAAUGCAUUAUCAUCACUGUUGUACAGUAGGCUCAAAUCAAAGGUAAUGCACUCCCCUCAAUCCAAGGUUGGACAGGUCAAAACCCAAGCAAGUGGCAUUAUACAGAGAACAUUGUGUCUUUGGACAUUGUUAAUUUGGAGUGGGUUCUAUUGUUUGUCAUCUGCUUUAAAAAAAAAAGUUAAUGAUAAAAUGACAACAUUUACAACAUCAUGAUGUUUUCAGAUAACAACCAUGGAGUUCAUAUUCUUUGGGUCUUUCGAUACUGAAAGACCCAAAUAAUAUGAAUUCCUGCAGUCACGAAAGCUUUAAGUCAAGAUUUAACCAUGGAGUUGUGUUAGUUAAAAUGUAUGGCAAUGUCAGUAUGAUAAUCAGUGACAUGUAGAGUGAUGCGUAUCAAUCUAGUUUUUAUAUUUCUCGACUUUCCAAAAAACAACGUAAUAUUUAGAUGCUUAUUUCAUAUUUAUAAUAAACCACUUUGCAACAGAGAAGUGAUAUUUUCUGUAGCUGUUUAAAAAAGCAACAGUUAUAUAAUGUAAUAAAUAGCAAGGAGUGGCAUUUGGAAGAGAGGACUUGCUUCAGUUAAAUGUAAUUUUGAACAAUUUAAUAUUUUGCACAUUUCAUAAGUUUUCGUUUGUACCAAGAAAGUUGUAAAAAUAAAAAAUGUUCAGCCA